CCACCACCACCAGCAGCAGCACCUCCAGCAGCAGCAGCAGCAGCAGCAGCAGCACCUCCUCGUCCUCCGCUCUGCUGCGGCCCAGGCCUCUCCUCUCCUCCCUCUCCCUCUCGCUGCUCCUGCUCUCGCUGCUCCUGCUCGUCCCCGCAUGCCACUCCCGUCGCGGUGGCGGAGGAGGCACGCCGACCGGAGGCGGGCAAGGACAAGCGGGCGGCGACAAGGGCCAGCCUCUCCUGAUUGGCUCGCAGUACCCUCCGGGGGCUGGCGGAGGCGGCGGUGGGGGAGGUGGAGCGGGCGGCGGUGGUGCUGGUGGUGGCGGCGCGUCGGCCGUCGGACCCAUGAUGCCCAAGCAGGCGCAGGGCCUGAGCAUCGCCGUCAUCAUCGUGGGCAACUCUAGCGAGAUGUCGCUGGGAAGCGACGGCCUGGACAAACAGGACUUCCUGCUGCUGCCCGUGCCGCCCAAGGUGGACUUGGUCACCAUGAACGAGACCGACCCCAAGAGCAUCAUCAACCGCAUCUGCAUGCUCAUGCAGCGGAACUGGCUUCAGGGCGUCGUGUUCGGCGACGACACCGACCAGGAGGCCAUCGCCCAGAUCCUGGACUUCAUCUCCGCCCAGACGCACAUCCCCAUCCUGGGCAUCCGGGGGGGGUCCUCCAUGAUCAUGGCUGCCAAGGAUGACAACUCCAUGUUCUUCCAGUUCGGCCCCUCCAUCGAGCAGCAGGCCUCAGUGAUGCUCAACAUCAUGGAGGAGUACGACUGGUACAUCUUCUCCAUCGUCACCACCUACUACCCCGGGUACCAGGACUUUGUCAACAGGAUCCGCAGCACCAUAGAGAACAGCUUCGUGGGCUGGGAGCUGGAGGAGGUGCUGCUCUUGGACAUGUCGGUGGAUGAUGGCGACUCCAAGAUCCAGGACAAGCUGAAGAAGCUGCAGAGCCCUGUCAUCCUGCUCUACUGCACCAAGGAGGAGGCCACCACCAUCUUUGAGGUGGCACACUCCGUAGGGCUCACCGGCUAUGGUUACACCUGGAUCGUACCAUCGCUGGUGGCGGGGGACACCAAUAAUGUGCCUGCGGUGUACCCGACAGGUAUGAUCACGGUGUCGUAUGACGAGUGGGACUACGGGCUGGAGGCGCGAGUGCGUGACGGGGUGGCCAUCAUCGCCAAGGCGACCUCGCGCAUGAUGCUGGACCGCGGCUCCACCACGCUGCUCAAGUCCAGCUGCCAGGACACGUCCAGCAAGAAGGGUGCCAAGACCGGCAACUCCAACGACGUCAAAAAUUCGGUGGUUCUUCAUGUCGCUCUGUCUCUCUGUCUCUGUGUCUUGUUACUCUUCAACACGGUUCUUCAUGUCGCUCUGUCUCGUUUCUCUUCAACACGGUUCUUCAUGUCGCUCUGUCUCGUUUCUCUUCAACACGGUUCUUCAUGUCGCUCUGUCUCUCUGUCUUUGUGUCUCGUUUCCCAGGUGGUGGAGAAGAACGCUCACAUGGCGGUGGGCUCGCUCACCAUCAACGAGGAGAGGUCAGAGGUCAUUGACUUCUCCGUGCCCUUCAUCGAGACGGGCAUCAGCGUCAUGGUCUCCCGGAGCAACGGCACAGUCUCACCCUCCGCUUUCCUCGAGCCCUUCAGUGCGGACGUGUGGGUGAUGAUGUUUGUCAUGCUGCUGAUUGUGUCGGCGGUGGCCGUCUUUAUAUUUGAGUACUACAGUCCGGUCGGCUACAACCGCUGCCUCGCAGAUGGACGAGAGCCUGGGGGCCCCUCGUUCACCAUUGGCAAGGCCAUCUGGCUGCUGUGGGGUCUGGUGUUCAACAACUCCGUGCCGGUGCAGAACCCCAAGGGCACCACCAGCAAGAUCAUGGUGUCCGUCUGGGCCUUCUUCGCUGUCAUCUUCCUGGCCAGCUACACGGCCAACCUGGCCGCCUUCAUGAUCCAGGAGGAGUACGUGGACCAGGUGACCGGCCUCAGCGACAAGAAGUUCCAACAACCGAACACCUUCUCCCCUCCGUUCCGCUUCGGGACGGUGCCCAACGGCAGCACGGAGAGAAACAUCCGGAACAACUACGCGGAGAUGCACGGCUACAUGACCAGCUUCCACCAGAAGAACGUGGACGAGGCGCUGCACAGUCUGAAGUCAGGGAAGCUGGACGCGUUCAUCUACGACGCGGCGGUGCUGAACUACAUGGCGGGGCGGGAUGAGGGCUGUAAGCUGGUGACCAUCGGGUCCGGCUACAUCUUCGCCACCACGGGCUACGGCAUCGCCAUCCAGAAGGACUCGGGCUGGAAGAGGCAGGUGGACCUUGCCAUCCUCGCCCUCUUUGGAGACGGUGAGAUGGAGGAGCUGGAGUCCCUCUGGCUGACGGGCAUUUGCCACAACGAGAAGAACGAGGUCAUGAGCUCGCAGCUGGACGUGGACAACAUGGCCGGCGUCUUCUACAUGCUGGCGGCCGCCAUGGUGCUCUCGCUGCUCACCUUCAUCGCCGAGCACCUCUUCUACUGGCAGCUGCGCUUCUGCUUCAUGGGCGUGUGCUCCGGCCAGCCCGGCCUCACCUUCUCCAUCAGCAGGGGCAUCUACAGCUGCAUCCACGGCGUGCAGAUCGAGGAGGAGAAGAGCUCAGCGCUGCACUCGCCCUCGGCCACCAUGAACGCCAGCAUGAGCAACACGCACUCCAACAUCCUGCGCCUGCUGCGCACCGCCAAGAGCAUGACCUCGGUGCCCGGCGUCAACGGCUCGCCGCACCGCGCCCUCGACUACCCGCCGCCGCCGCUGUCGCACCGCGAGUCCUCCAUCUACGACAUCGCCGAGCACCGCCGCAGCCUCGGCCCAGGGGUCGUCGGGGUCGGGGUCGGCGGGCACCCCGACUGCAAGCCCCCGCCGCCCUACCUACCCGAGGACGGCCUGUUCGCCGACGUGGACCGGACUUUCGGCAACCUCCACCUGAAGGACACCAACCUGUACCAGGACCACUACCUGCAGCACCACCACCACCACCACCACCACCACCAGGGGGCGCUGCAAGGGCAGCCGCAGCAGCAGCAGCAGGGUUCGGUCGGGGGCCCGGCCGGCCUGCCUCUGGGUAUGUCGGCUCCCCUGGCCCUCGCGCGGCCGCAUAGCUUAGGCAGCACCACCUCGCUGGAUGGGGGAGGCAUGUUCGAUAGCGACAGUCUCGGGGGAGGGGUGGCGCCCAUUUUCACCACGCAGCCACGACAGUCCAUGACACAGCGCGGAGGAGGUGGAGGAGGAGGUGGGGUGGGAGGAGGAGGUGGAGGGGGAAGUAAGUUUGACCUGAUCGCCGGGCACCAGACCCAUCAGAGCUCGGGGUUCAAAGGAGCCGCUCCCGACCUGUACGGUCGCUUUUCCUUCAAGGGGGGCGCCGGGAGCUCGAACUUCCUGGCCGGACAUGAGCGUUACUGCAGUGGAGGAGGGGGAGGGGGAGGGGGGGCAGGGUCAGGCGGGGACGACGGCAACGUUCGCUCCGACACGUCGGACAUCUCCACGCACACGGUCACCUACGGCAACCUGGAGGGCAACGCCAAGCGCCGCAAGCAGCAGUACCACGACAGCCUCCGGCGCCGGCCGGCCUCGGCCAAGCUGCGCCGCGAGCAGGACGCCGACACGGACUUCGGCUUCCGCCGGCGGCAGCACCACCACCACACCAUCCACCACCACCAGCACGGCGGCGGUCACCACGGGGGUCGCCGCGGCCACGGCCACCACGGACGGCGGUCCGUCUCGCCGCCCCUGGAGCGCAGCGCCAGCGCCAAGGGCAACCACUCGUCCACGUCCUACCUGUACCGCGGCCAGGACAAGGAGGGCGGAGGCGGACGGGACUUCCGCGACUUCUACGUGGACCAGUUCCGUGCCAAGGAGUCCGUGUCGCCGUGGGAGCACAUGGAUCUGAACGACGGAGGCGUGGGAGAGAGAGGUGGAGUAGGAGGAGGAGGAGGAGGAGGAGGAGGAGGAGGGGUGAACGCCAGUCUUGUGCCCGUGGAGGAUUUCCUGAAAGGUAAAAGCAAGAAGACGGAGGGGACGAAGGUUGGUGGUGGAGGAGGAGGAGGAGGAGGAGGAGGAGGUGGCGGAUCUUCGCCGGUCCCUCCGGGGCCUCAUGCAUGCUGGGAAAAGAGCUUGGGGGUGGGCGGCUUGGCGGGAGGUGACUGGGAGUGUCGCAACUGCCACAGCCAUAGCGGAGGAGGAGGAGGAGGAGGAGGAGGUGGUGGGGGGAAGGCGAUGGUUCUGCAUGGGGUCAUGGGAGUGGGCGCAGGGUACCCAGGGAUGGGGGGAGUGAUCGGGGGAGGAGGAGGAGGAGAGCGAGAAAGAGAGCGAGAGAGAGAAAGAGGCGGCGGCAGCGGUGGUGGUGGGGGGGGUAGCCGACCGACCUCGGCCUCCUGCAAGCGCUGCGAGUCCUGCAAGAAGCAGCCGGGCAACCUGUACAACAUCAGCGAGGACUUCAACCAGUCGCGCCGCGCCGCCAACCAGACGGCCGCUGCCGCCGCCGCCGGCAGUGGUGGUGGUGUCCAGCGCCGCAAGUUCGGACCGGGCGGCAGGGUGCUGCGCCGCCAGCACUCCUACGACACCUUUGUGGAGUUGCAGAAGGAAGGGGCGGGCCGAGGGGGCAGUGGUGGUGGAUUCGGGGGGGGGGGGGGGUCGGCCGCGCUCCCGCCCCCCAGGAGCGUGAGCCUGAAAGACAAAGAGCGCUUCCUGGAGGGCCCCAGCCCGUACACGCAGAUGUUCGAGCGCUACGCCGCCGAACGGGGCGACCGGGAGAGUGGAUCCUCCUUCCUGGGCAGGGAUCGGGGGAAGGCCGGCGGCUCGUCGUUCAGCCUGUACGGCCGCGAGCGCGGCGAGCGCGGCGAGGGAGCGUUCCACCGGCGCUCGGUCGGGGAGCGCGACCUCCGCGAGCGGGAGCGGGAGAGGGAACGAGGGCUGGGUGGUGGAUUUGGUGGUGGUGGUGGUGGUGGUGGUGCUCGAGGGUCGGGGACUUACUCCUUGUCUAAAUCUCUCUACCCAGAUAAGGUGAGCCAGAACCCCUUCAUCCCGACGUUCGGCGACGACCAGUGCCUCUUGCACGGCCACAGCCACGGCCACUCGUACUACGUGAAAAAUCCGCAGCAGCAGCCGCAGCAGCAGCAGUCGUCGCCGUCGCCGCAGCAACAGCCGCAGCCCCAGCAGGCGUUGCCCCAGCAACCGCCUCAGCCACUCCUCAACAACAGCCGCACCGACUUCCGGAGCCCCAUGGGCGUCACGUCGUACUUGCCGGCGUCCGCCGCCGCCGGGGUCCUGUCCAACAUGGGCCCUGGCGGCCGCUACCCCAAGGACAUGUGCUUGGGGGGCCCCAUGGGGAACCACCAGGUCGGGGUGGUGUCAGCGGGCAACAACAAACUGCUGUCGGCGAGGGACGCGGGGCUGGGCGUGGGCCCGGGGGGGCAGCGGGGGCCGUUUAACGGCUCCACCAACGGUCACGUGUACGAGAAGCUGUCCAGCAUCGAGUCGGACGUCUGACGGACUUUGACCGGGCCACGCGGCGAGAACUGAGAAACGGGUGAACGGACGAACGGACGGACGGACAGACAGGAUUUUUAUUUCUUUUUAUUUGUUCCUUUUUUAUUUUGAAAAUAAUAAGGCCAGAGAUAGAGGGAACACAAGAGAAAGAGGGAGAAAGAGAGAGAGACAAAUAAAAGACAGAGCGGAGGAGAGAGAGAGAGAGACAGACUGAGCAAGACCAGGUGGCGACAAAGAGACACUGUGACAACUUCAGGAGUUAGGAAAUGGGAUUAAUGAAUUAAUCAAUUAAUCAAGACACUCUGGACUGACGAGACUUGGAGGAGACAAUGUCCCCUUUGUUUCUUGCGUUGCUUUCUUGUUUUUGUUUCAUUAUUCUUUUCGUUUUUUAGCGAGAUAGGGGGGCCAGCGCUUCCUACACGUCCGGCGUCGCGUCGCUGCGUUGUUCUGACGGACCUCACGUACUGUGUUGGAGGAGAAGAACAGGACCACCCUUCUCACUGGAGAGACGGAGAGAGAGAAAGAGGGGAUACCUCUCGUUUUUUUUCUUUUUUCUUUUCUUUCGUCUCUCUUUCACCUGUUCUUUACACCAAAUCAGAGGUUUGAUCUCCUGCCUAGCUUGCUAUGGGAACAUGGUACAAUCACGAUUGAUCGAGAAAAACUACUUUACUGUAUUGAAGUAACAGGGUAACACUCACAAUAACUGUUGAUAAUAUUGUUUAAAAAGAAAUGAUAUUAAAUAUGAUUACUAUGUUU